AUGGGUAAAUUGUACCAUCCGUCAAGUUUAAAGGCGGAUCAUAUAGAAAGAUCGGCUUCAAUGGUUCAAGAAUUAAUUGAGCAUGAAUAUGUUUCUGGAUAUCUUAAGAAGUGGAGCCCAGUAAUAGGUAGAGGCUGGCAAAGUAGGUAUUUUGCCCUUUUAGAACAGGACAGAACAUUGGUAUAUUGGGCAAAGAAACCAAGUUUUAGAGAUGAACAGCCUCGUGGAUCAAUUAAUCUCAAGAUAGUAGAAAAUGUGUUUGCUGAUGGCCCACUUGGAAUAACCCUAAGUACACCACAUAGAGAUUAUCAACUUAAAGCCUCUACACCAACUGAAAAGGACAAAUGGAUGGACGCUAUUAUUCUUUGGACCCUUAAGAGUAGGAAGUACCGUUCAAAAGCCGAAGACUCAAAAAAUUUCCGAUUUAGUAAUAUGCUAAUAGAAGCAACUCAGUCAUGUCUACAUUAUAUAGUGGAGAGUUUUCUGAAGCCAUUCAAGAAAUCUGCGACCAGAGCUAUAGAAGUUGGUCCUGAAACCUUAUCUAAUUCUAAUAAAAAGAAAUUCUUAAAGGAUCGUGGAUUGUAUGUUGUGAUCUGUAAGGCUUGGAUGGUUUCCAGAGAAUUAAAGGGGGAUAGAGCCGGUUCUAAGAGGAAAGGAAACUUGAAUUAUCUCAGAGAUGGACUUGAAACAAGGGCUAUCUCCACUCUAUCAAUUGAUAAGGAGUAUCAAUUUAAUGAGAGAUUAAUGCAAAAGGAGUUCGAAAACAGUCACCAUCACGAUUCCCAUCAGAUCCAACAGCUCUGCGAGGAUACCCCUUUUGGAAAUAUUAGCCAAAGCCACCCUAGAUUUGGUGCGGCUUCUCCAACUUUAAGCAUGGAGGGUUCGGAGAAUAGCCAAGACUCUGAGGUAUUUUGUUCUCUUACAGAAAUUGAGGAUGUUUCUAUGGGAUGUGAGACUGACGAGAUUCUUAUACCUUUUGAUAGUGCUUUGUGUAUAUAUGACCAUGAUUGUCCUCCUACUAUUGAGGAGGAUGAAGAGUAUGUAAGGAAUAAGCAGCAUAAGUAUAGCUUGCAAUUGUCAGAACUUAUGCUUAACCAACUAUCAAGUCUUUCAAAAGAGGCUUUUCUCGAUAACUGUGUUUUUGGGCUUGUUUAUAUUAAAAGAAGUAAUCCGAUAAUACCCUCUUUACAAAGUAAUGAUAUAUUCUGGGCGCUUAUGAUCAGCUCAAGAUCACUUUCAGACUCACACCAGAUUUAUCCAUCUCCAUUAUUGAGUGAAAAAACUAUUCUUGGGGAUUGCCUUGAUUUAUAUAGAGAAGUUCGAAUGUCCUCUAAAAACAGCACCUCAUCCUGUUCCAAAUAUAGUUGCACUCAAAAUCAAUCUCAAAGCCAAAGUAAUAGAGAUUCCAUUCCCGUACUUGAAGUCAUAAAGAAAUCUCACAGAUCAAAGUGCUCUAUGGAUGGGAUUAUUGAUAUGAAUGACUCUGAUAUUAAGAAUAAGGUCAAAUCUAUUGAUCAUAAAACUCAGAUUGACAAUACCUUAUUUUCACCAAUAGGUAACAAUUUUCUAAGUAACUUAACUUUAAAUAUCGGAAGUGGAGGCGUACAUAUUGGAAUCAAUAACCAGGCAAUAGACCCUUAUGGGUUCCUUCUUGACACAUUAUAUCUCUAUUAUCCAAGAAAUGAGUCAAAAAACCCUGUCCAUAUGCUUGACCCUGGGCUCAUACUUUCUGUUGGUCCAAUCUCGGAGAGUAUUCAUGGCUUCAGUUUCACAGUUUCUUAUCUUGGAGCGUCUGUUAUUGAAGAUUAUAUUGUUUCUGACUUAGAGUUCAAUGUUGACUUUCCAUCCGAUAUUCCUUCAUCCAUUGGCACUGACUAUAUACAAUCGACCGAAAAGCGGCCAAUUACUCUUGAAAUUUGUACUAGAUCUUGGAGAGAUGCCAAGGCUUGGAGAUAUUCGCUCUUAGUUGCUAGAAAAUCCAAAAUGGCUGACAAAUCACAUAAAAAGACCGCCACCAAAAAUUAUCAUGAUAAUGUAAUUACAUGUGGAAUGAGUAAAUGCAUGCAUGCGGAUGAGGCAUUUGCCAGGGUUUCUAAUUACCAUUGUUUUGAUUCCUGUCCUACAUUAACAACCACUGCCAGUAGCAGUGCUAGAACUAGUCACGGUUAUCAUUUGGCCAAUUACAGAAGAAAUAUAUCCAACUUUGCUCUGCAUAGAUGA